AUGAAGCAUCUAUAUUUUCAUCAAUAUCUGGUCUUAACAGUGGCCAUCAAGAAACAGUCCAGAAUUCCUGGGGUUGUUAUCACUCAAUGUGUCGAGCAAGUGCCUCUGGGGAAGACAACGCCGGACUUCACACGGAAGCCACUGGCCACAACUGUACAAGAGGGUAAGAAAGCAAUUCUAAAAGCUAUGGUGAGCGGAGAGCCUGCACCAACGGUCACCUGGAGGCGAAACAACGGGGAAGUUGAUGACCUAGAAAAGUACAAGACCCGAUAUGAUGAAAGAGCUCGAGAGCACUAUCUAGAGAUACCCAAUGUCAAACUAGACCAAGCUGACACCUACAGGUGCUUCGUCACCAAUGAGUAUGGAAACGCUGUCUGCGCCACAACACUCAAAGUUACUGAAGUUGGCUUAAAGAAGAAGGGUCAGGAAGGUAAUGGACAAGCACCACUGGAUUUCAGAUCAAUGCUUAAGAAAACUGUUGUUGUCACCAGAAAAAAACAACUGCCACCAAAGAAAGAGGGAGAAAUUGAUCCGAAGCUCUGGGAGCUGCUUCUCAGUGCAAAAAGAAAAGACUACGAGAAAAUCUGUUUGGACUUUGGAGUGACUGACUUUCGCUGUAUGCUGAAGAGACUCAACCAGAUGAAAAAAGAGAGAGAAGACGAACAGGCAAAGGUUGUAGAGAAGCUGGAGGAUGUGAAACAGAUAGAAGUGAAACCUGGUGGGAGAGCGGAAUUCGGCUUCAACAUGAAACUUGUGGACCCCAACAGUGCAAUUCAUGUAUACAAGGAUGGGAAAUCGGUGGCAUAUGGUGAUGAUGAAAAUUCAAACCCUCGCCUUAAGAAAAUUGGGACAAACUAUGUUUUCAGCAUUAAGGACCCUCAACCAGAAGAUGCUGGAUUAUACCAGGUUGAUGUUGAGGAAGCAAAUGUCCUGACAACUGACUUUCAAGUGCCUGAUGUGAAGUUCGUAGCCAAGCUCAAGGAUGCAAAGGCCGUUGAAAGCGAGGACGCCAUCUUUCAGUGCAUCUUGUCCACACCGCUCAACAGAAUCAUUUGGUCAAAACAGGACGUGUCACUCGAACAUGGGGACAAAUAUGAAAUCAUCGUCUCAGAGGACAAACUCACUCACACAUUAAGAGUCAAAGACUGUGCAAUGGCAGAUACUGGAGCGUUUUAUGCCAUCGCUGGGAUAACUUCCAGCAGUGCCGCUCUCACAGUGGAAGCUGAUCCAGAUGGCGGUAAAGGUCGUAAGGGCAUCAAAUCUGGGGAUCAGGGUGAUUUGACUAAACAAGCAUUGGAACAAGGAACAGACAAACAAGCACAGGAUGAAAACGAUUCGGCUGAUUCAGGAGCUGGUUCUGGUGACGGGUCUAGUGAUGGAUCGAAAGAUGCAUCUGGAGUUAAGACUGAUGGAGGUAAAGGAGACGAGAACCUCCUUGGAGAUGGAGACGAUGAAAACAAUAUGGGAGAUGGGGAUGAUAAGAAAACAAAGCGCUCACAAACUGGUCCUUUGGUUCCCGACACUGUUUCAGUUGACUUCGCCCGUACUGUUGCAGAUCGAGGUGUCCAGUUUGUGAGUGGGCUGUCAGAUACUGUUGCUAAUAUUGGUGAACGGGCAGAGCUGAGUUGCAAACUAAGCACUGACGCCUCAGAGGGACGCUGGUACAAAAAUGGAAAGCUGUUAACCAAUGGCGACGGUGUUCAAAUCAUCAAAGAUGGGGCCUGUCACAGGUUGAUAAUUGAUUUCUGUAAAAAGGACGAUACAGCAGUCUACCGCUUUGAGGCUGAGGGACGCAAAUCAGAAGCGUCACUUAAUAUUCAAGAUCCGCCACAAAUAGACAGCGAGGCUCUGCUUAAUUUCACAAAGCCAGUUAUUAUAAAAGCAGGUGAAAGCGCUGAAUGGAAGCUGAUGUUCUCAGGCGGAGACCCGAUGAAUAUACAGUGGUACAAGAAUGAUGACGAGCUGUCGCCUGGCCUCAAUGUGAAGACUGAGACAUCAGCUACUCAAAGCCAACUACGCCUCACGAAGUGCCAAAGGAAAGACAGUGGAGAGGUCAAAAUCAAAAUCAAAAACGAAUUUGGCACAACAGAAGCAACGUCCAGACUUAUUGUACUAGACAAACCCACACCCCCACAGGGACCUUCGGACAUUUUGGAAAGUGCUGUGACAUCUGUGGAGUUCAAAUGGAAACCACCUAAAGACAGUGGUGGUUGCCCAGUCACCAGCUACAUCAUAGAACGCCAACAAGUGGGCCGGAGUAAAUGGACGAAUCUCGGCGAGAUCUGUGGCAGCGAUGCAAGUUACAGGGAUUCAGGCGUGGACCCCGGAAGAAGAUACUGUUACCGGAUUCGAGCCAAGACUGCAGAAGGCAUCAGUGAUUACCUGCAAACAGAGGACAUAGCUGCUGGAGUUCUGCGAUAUCCAGGAGCCCCAUCAGCACCUAAAGUAAUCAGUGCCUUUAAAGACUGCAUCAACCUGGCAUGGAGUCCUCCGUGUGACACUGGAGGAACCAAAAUCGUUGGAUACAAUUUGGAAAGGAACAAGAAAGGCACCAAUUACUGGAGCCUGGUAAACCAAGGAGGGCCAAUAACAGAUGCAAAGUUUGCCGUGAAAGACGUCUUCGAAGGGGCAGCGUAUGAAUUCAGAGUGUCUGCUAUCAACCUGUCUGGUGCAGGAGAUCCUAGUGUUCCCUGUGACACAGUAAUUGCAAGAGAUCCAAUGAAACCUCCAGGCAGAGUCACAGACCUGAAAUUAACAUCCUCAAACUACACCACGUUUUCACUGGCUUGGACUAAACCUAGAGAAGUGAAAGGGGUUGAGGAUGAAGCCCAGGGAUACUAUGUGGAGAUUAGACUGAUAGAAUGCCUCGAAUGGAGCCGCUGCAACGCCGUCCCAAUUACUCGAACUUCCUACACUGUGCUUGGCUUGAAGGCGAUGGCCACAUACUGGGUGAGAGUAAUUGCCAACAAUUACGGUGGUGAUGGAGAACCUCAGGGCUUUGACAAUUAUGUCAUUGCCAUGCCCCCUCCCGUACGUCCCAAAUUUAAAGACAGGAACAUGAAGACCUUUGUGGUGGUUAGAUCUGGAAACACAGUCCGUCUGAACAUCAACUUCGAGGCCUCCCCACUGCCAGAGAUCAUUUGGUUAAAAGAUGGUAUUCCAGUGGCUAAACAUGUGACAAUUACCAGCUCUGAUAAAGGCUCUCAGCUGUUGAUCCCCACAUCCGAGCGCUCCGACAGCGGCGUCUACACCAUCACCGUCAAGAACCUGGUCGGCCAGGAGAGCUUCAAUGUUGAAAUCAGAGUUACAGAUGAUCCCAGGCCUCCGGGACCAGUGGAACUGGAUCAAAACAUCCCAGGGACAGUGACUCUGUCCUGGUGUCCCUCUCCAGAUGAGAAGAGGGACGACAGGCUACACUACAUGGUUUCCCAACGGGACUCCUUCAAGCUCACGUGGAGGACCGUGGCUGACAACCUCUUCAACAACAAGUUCACAGUUGUCAACAUUUUGCCCGGAUGGGAGUACCACUUCAGGGUGUUUGCUAAAAACGACAUGGGCCUUUCAACACCUUCUGAACCCCCUGUGUUUGAGUCCAGAAAGGAAAAAGAAAAGUUCAUUGUGAACACACCAAAGAAAAAAAGCUUGGACUUCCAGGCAGCUCCUGCAUUUAUCUUGCCCCUGAAGAUGCGUACGGCUCCUCAAGGCUACGAGUGUCACAUGAGUUGUGCCGUUAAGGGCGAUCCGGCUCCUCGUGUGACGUGGUACCGCGACAACAUCAGCCUGAACACAAACACCAACUACCACAUCACCAACGUGUGCGGUGUCUGCUCCCUGCUCAUACUGAGGGUCGGAGUCAAAGACAACGGGGAAUACAAAGUGGUUAUUGAGAACAAACUGGGGUCAGCCGAGUGCUCAAUGAUCCUGAGUAGUGAAGACCUGAACCUGCUGAAUAACGACUGA